GAGCGGUGGCGCCCGGGCCUCCGCCUCCUCCAAAGGCCUCCCCGGACCCCCGGCUGGAGCCCAGCGUACUGCUCCCCCAUGCACCGGAGGAGGCGCAGGAGCCGGGUGAGUGCCCUGGAGGGCUGCCGGGAGGAAGAGGCGCCCCCGGAGGCGGCCGCUGUGCCCCCGGCGCGGUUAACCUCGGUGCAGCAGACCGAGGCGGCGGCGGCGGCGGAGCGGAUUCUGCUCCGAGGCAUCUUCGAGAUUGGAAGGGGCAGCUGCGACGUGGUGCUGAGCGAGCGGGCCCUGCGGUGGCGGCCCAUUCAGCCCGAGCGCCCGACGGGUGAUUCCAAGUAUGACAUGCUAUGUAAGGAAGAAUUUAUUGAACUCAAAGAUGUAUUUUCUGUGAAACUGAAACGGCGUUGUUCUGUGAAACAGCAGAGAAGUGGCACUUUAUUAGGUAUUACACUUUUCAUCUGUUUGAAAAAGGAACAAAAUAAACUGAAGGAUUCUACACUUGAUCUUAUUAAUUUAAGUGAAGAUCACUGUGACAUAUGGUUUCGACAAUUCAAGGAAAUUUUGGCAGGUUUUUCAAACAGACCAAAGUCAUUAAAAAUACUCCUUAAUCCCCAAAGUCACAAAAAAGAAGCUAUCCAGGUCUAUGAUGAGAAGGUUGAACCUCUGUUGAAGCUUGCAGGAAUAAAGACUGAUGUAACAAUAACAGAAUAUGAAGGGCAUGCUGUGUCGCUGCUUAAGGAAUGUGAACUCCAGGGAUUUGACGGUGUUGUCUGUGUUGGUGGAGAUGGAUCUGCUAGUGAAGUAGCCCAUGCUUUGCUUCUUAGAGCCCAGAAGAAUGCUGGAAUGGAAACAGAUGGAAUCCUAACUCCUGUCAGAGCACGGCUUCCACUUGGCUUAAUCCCAGCAGGAUCUACCAAUGUAUUGGCACAUUCUCUUCAUGGAAUCUCUCACGUGGUAACUGCAACUUUGCACAUAAUAAUGGGGCACAUACAACUGGUGGAUGUCUGCACCUUCAGCACCACUGAUAAGCUUCUUCGCUUUGGGUUCUCUGCCAUGUUUGGCUUUGGUGGAAGAACUUUGGCUCUUGCAGAAAAGUAUUGGUGGAUGUCCCCUAACCAUCGGAGAGACUUUGCUGUGAUGAAGGCACUGGCAAAACUUAAGCCAGAAGACUGUGAAAUAUCAUUUUUACCAUUUAACAGCUCUGAGGAUGUACAAGAGAGGAGGGCACAUGGAUCUCCCAAAUCUGGUGAGUCCAAAAGUAUCUCCUUGAGAACUGAGCCAGGCUCUGUUGACAUUUUGCUCUGGUGAGGGAAAGUAACCAAUCACUUCCAUUACCUUUAGACUGUAAUGAUCAAUGGCAAAUGAUCCAGGGUCAGUUCUUGAAUGUCAGCAUUAUGGCAAUUCCUUGCC